AUUUCGAUUUCAACAUACACUGAAACCCUAGCCACAUGAUGAUCAAGAACGAAGAGAAGAUGAGAGUAAGGAUUGCGAAGGAGAGAUCUGACUUAUGCGAGUUGACUGCUGCUGCAAUUAAGGCUACUUACAACACACGGAACCCAUGCGAAGUCGAGAGAUGCGUCGAUUUGUUGAAGCACUUGAAGUCUCUGUCUCUUUCCGCGAAGGAUAUAGAAUUGUCUGAAUCAAUAGUUAAGCUGGAUCCUUUGAGAAGUCAUAGGAACCCUAGGAUCCGUAAGGAAGCUCAAGCUUUGUUUCAUUCAUGGUUGAAGACAUUCUACACACAUGGAAGCGACAACUCUUUCGAUGUUACCAAGGCUCGUUUGAAGACGAAGAAGCAUGUUCUAACAAGGUGUUCGGAGUUGAAGAAGAAGAAAGAAGAUGAGAGAUCAUUAACUCGUGAAACAGAGAAGAUUCAAGCAAGGAACAGCUUUUUGGCGUUGAAGCAGAAAGAGGAUCAUAAAGCUAAGGCUUGUGACGAGAAAUAUGUUAAGGAAGAGACAAAGACCAAUCUAAAGCCGCUCAACGUGAAGACAAGACGUGUCGCUUUGGAGGAUGUUACGACGAAGAAGCCACGUGAAGAUGUUACAUGCAUACUAAGUUCUGGUGCAUGUAUAAAGAAGACUAUAACAGAUAAAAAGGAGCUGAAGAACAAGAAAGUGGACGAGAUGGUGAAGUUGUUCGAAAACGCAAAGAAAGCUGCUGAUGUGGCCAACGCUAAGGGCGUUCUCUCAGGUAAAGCAGAGGCGUCUCGCUGCGUUGAGGCUCUCUCGUUACUGAUGAAAAUCAAUAUUACUCCAAAACCAAGAGAACCAAGGAGGAUGAUGGAUAAGCUUGAGGGACUUACAAAACAUAAAGACCGCAAGAUUUGUCAUGCUGCAUCAGCCCUUCUUCACCUUUGGAGACAGAGGAUCAGAGAACAAGAACGUAAAGAGUCAUCUACCAAGACGUUUCCUAACAACUUUCGUAAAUCUCAUUAGAUAUGUGCGGUCUAGUCAUUUGUACGCAUUGUAUUGUUGAGUGAUGAGCAAGUAUACUAGUGGAUUUCCGGGAUGUUCAAUUACAUCAUCCCGGCGAGAUGUAGGGUUCCACAUUGGAACCUG